UUUUCAAUAUAGACCUCUGAUAUUCAGAACAGAAUAUCAAACUGCGCGUACAGAAACCUAUGGAAUGUCCAGCAAACACUUGCCGCCGGUUUUGAGCCCUGAAGUACCUGAAUUUUUCCCAAAAGUACCCCCCAUCGUGAGAUUAAACAAGGAACAGAAUACUAGUCGACUUCAGUAUUUCCCAUCUCUUAACGAAAGAAGUUAUCAAAAUGAAUUGUUCCCGUAUAAUAGAACUCAGGGGAACAUUGGAACUGUGUAUCAGAAUACCGGAAUACCUUUAUUACCAGCUACAGACACAACAACAACUACGUUUAUCCGACAUCCCCCACAAUGGUACCAAAGAAUGAUACCACCCUCUAGCCAGAUACACAUAUCCAGCUCUACUUCACCACCUCGGAUGUGUACCUCGAUACAACCAUUAAGAGCUACCACCAUUACUCAUCAUCCCUUACAAGUACAAGAAAAAUUUCUGCAACCAAACCCCAUACCGAUACCAGUAUACCAACACCCCAUAGAGCUGUACCAUGAAACUGGUCAAAAAAGAAAGAACCAAGGUGUUGAUUUUAAAAACCUAAUAUUAUUAACGAAAAACGCGAUGAAAGCUCAUCGUGGUCAAUCGAAACAACAAUCUCAUGAAAAACCUACCUACGUACUAGAAACUAGAAAUAGAUCUUCUAAAACAGAAUCACAGAUGUUUCGAUGGUUGGAUAAAAGCUGUUCAUCAAAAACAAGAGAGUACGCUUCUAGCAAUACACUGGUUUCUGAAUUGAGCAACUUUGAUGGAAGAAACGAGAGAAGAAGAGCAGCAUCAAGUUCGAGAAGAGAAAAGGAUAAUGGAUCAAAGAAUAACGAACGUUUAAAGACAGAAAUCGGAAUAAUGUCUAAUCAAGAAGGCUCAUGUACGACGAAAUCUAAUAACGAGAGAGAUCAAAAGGAAAUUCGAAACAGAAGAAGACUUUAUAGAGACGUAUUGACGAAUGCUUCGGUGAAUCAAACAAUGUUUGAAAACGUAUUUGAGAAAAGGUACGACGAAUUAGAGAAACAAGCAAUGGAACAGUACAGAAGCUCGGAAGAAUCUUUGGCGCUUAAAUAUCAAGAACUCGAGCGUCAAGCGUUGGAACAAUACCGAUGUUGUGGUAACGUACAAGACGAUGACUCGAUGGAUAGUAAACAAAUCAAUGAGGACUCGACGAGAAACGUGAAGGAUACCAGUUGCUUUGACGGACAAAGGUGUUCUGGUUUUGGAAGGUGUAGUCCUUUGAACGCUGAGGAAAAAGAGGAAAGAGAUUCUUUUUUGCAAACUCAAGAUAAUGUUGCACGAACGGAAACUAAAAGGGAACCGGUCAAUUCUGGACGACCCUUGUACGAUACGAGCCCCCCCCGAUCGACUGUCCUCUCGAAAAGUUUUACCGCCAUGUCCGAAAAAAUUUCUUAUGAAUCGAAAAACACGUGUAAGGGUGCAUCAGGUGAUAAAACCGGUAAACGUGUUUCAGUGCGAACAUCAUCGAAAAGGCGUCUGAUACUGGUGUCACCCUUCGAAAAAGAAUCAGAGGCUAAACUAACGAGGACAACCGAUCUAGAAGAAUUUUAUUGCAUCGCUCAAGGAAGUAAAAAUAUUUUUGGUUACUAUAAUAAUUCCAAAGUUGGACAAAUCGGGGCUGGAGAUGAAAAUAUUACUUUUAUUCAAUCUCCUAGAACGGAAGUCUGGCUCUCAGGUUUUUGGACGACAUAGAAACUGGACUUCAGGAUAGUCAUUCAAGGAGAUACGAACCUUGUAAGGGCAAUUCAUUGAAAAGAUCAAUUAUUAUAUAAUCCAUCAAGUAAUGUAUUUUUAAAUAUGAUAAUAAAUGCUUCAAUACUGUA